GUUCAAAUUUAUUUUGCUAAAUCUAAAAAGUAUGAACAUUUUACCCCACCUUAAUGAAAUCUUUCUUUCACCUCCCACGCUGGAGAGAGUGACCCACAUCGACGACGUCAAGAGCUCGUCGAGAUCGUUUCGUCCUAAACGGACAAAGGUGUCAAGACGUACCAGGAAGGAGAAAGAAUGGACUGCCAGGUUGGGGCAAUCACGAGAACCUUGACAGUCUUUCUAGUUUCGCUCACGGUACUCCCAGAUUGGUUCCCUGAUGCCUCUCUAUAGUAAAUCAGUACACUGCUUUCACGGUUAGUUCCGCGCCGCCCUUCCGACCCACAUGCUAGGUUUGAGCCAAGUUGACAGGCAAGCGAACAUGCUCACAAAGUGCCAUCUGCUGUAGCCAUUCUCAUCAUUAUUUUUCGUUGGACCACAUCGGCACAACAGUACUAGUACGUACAAUAACAUCGUCGCCUAUCCUAACACUAGCUGUUACCACCUUGCGAAGUCAGCAAUCAUCCCUUGCGAAGAUUAGAUUCGAACGUAUUGUCAAGAAAUCUAAGACUGCAGUCAUAAAUCAAAGAGGCAGAUACCCCAACCUAUUAUCUGGCAAUAGCAACAAUUAGCUGCGACAAGAAACAUGGCCCCUCGACGAGACGACGAAAAGAUCCUUGCUCCUUCUGCCCACGGCGGGACACUCACCACGGACACGGAUCACUCGCCUGCCAGUAGGCCCAAACUAUUUGACCUACCCAAGGAUAUUUCCUUUUUGGAGAUCCAGCGUCCUUCGCUUCCAGUGAACGCCUCGAUCCAAGUCUGUCCACGGAUGGCUUCAUCCCUGGACAAGGCAACUCAGAGAGCCGAUGCGAUCCACAAGCGAAUGACUCGGGAAGACAUUAAGGAACGGUAUCCGUUUGUCUAUGAAGCCUGCCGAUCGGCGGUUGUGGACGAAAUGUCUCGGGUCCUCAGCCAAGCCUCUCUGCUGAUGGAGGACGCCAAGAAGGAAGACGCCGAGGUGUCCCAAAUGACAAAGAACAAGCGACUCUCAGUGGCCCUGAUCCAUGCCAUUCAGUAUCUAGACACUCUAGAAUGUGCCAUGGCCUUCUCAUCCCGCGAUCGCUUGGAGGCAGGGGUCUGCUCGGUACUCAGCAUGAUCUCAAAAUGUCAUAAGGACCACCAGGACUGCUUCGAAUCCAAGGUCUGUGUGUCCAGCUGGGCAGCUCCUUCUCUAUUCUUUGAUUUUGUGACUGGAAACCCAGCCAACUUGUCCCUGGCGCAGAGUGAGCACGAACCAUUGUCAAUGCCACUCGAGCUCCAAGUGAGGCCCAUUGUUGAAUACUCGGCGGAGGACCUGAUUCGGGCACCAAGACUCGGAGUGGAAGCCUUUGCCGUCAAAGUAAAGGAGUGCAGUCAUGAACAACGAGAGUAUGGAGCUCGCGAUGGCAUCACAGGGGUAGCCAAAGUGCAAGUUCACAUUGCUCCACUAGCGGAAAGCAAGAGCAAGAAAGAGGUCGUCUGGGGGGUACACAACGACGUCGAGCCGGUUCGGAUUAAGGAGGUCAGAGCAACACAGCAGAAUGCCUACCCCACCAAGUUCAGAAUCAACUUUGACAUCUUUUCUUCCACGGUUUAUGGUCAAAGUGGAGUGACACUCACAUUGAACAUGGAGACAUGUCAAACGAUGGAUGGUAAGGUCCCCAAAAUUCAGAUUGAAUUGGUGGUCGAUCCCUAAAGGAUUUUCCUUGAGGACGGAGGGUUGAAACUAGGCCGUGGUUGUUGCAUGAUGAUUACAUUGGUGAUGAAUCGCUCGCUGUAUCAUCCAUAUCAUUGCUACACAUUGCUCUAGAAAAAGGACAGAUAGUCAUUCCAUCAGUCAGUCCAAAUUCCUUCAUGAGGCCAACUGGUUUUGGCCCAGCUAAUAGAGCAACCUUUUGCCUUGUUUCGUCGGUACCGUAGAUAGAAAGAUCCAUUUCUGGUACCGAUACCUGCGGAGUCAUAUGAUAGUCACUUUGCUCAAUGAUAGAUACAUACAGCUACCGGUACCGUACUGGUGGUCAGCCCAAACGCGCUCCGCAGUCCUGCGAAUGAGUGAAACAAUGGUGGUACCAAACAACCAGGACCGGCCUUGAAGCCGAUUUCUAAAAGAAGAGAACAAGGCCUGGUCGCCUCCAACGCGUCUGUUGCUCUUGCGGGCACUGCGUGAGCUUUGGUUUGCGAAAUUGCUACUCGAACGGAAGCCAGGUUUCGCUUCCAUGCAGAUAGUUCGCCCUAAAAGCGUGUAAGCAGCGGGCGGCAACCAAGAGCAACCAACUAGUACUAGUAGAGGUCUUUUUUCUUAAUGGCUCGUGAUGCGGUAUCAUGGUACACUGUAUUGAAAAAGGAUGCGCACAUUGAUGCCUCCUUGUGCUUUUCCGACUGCCCGAGCUAGCUAGACUAGAUUGGACCUUUGAGGCAGCUUAUUGCAGCCCGAUCCAACGGGGCGAUACCCGCAGUUUCCAUAUCUACGCUCGCUGCUGGGUUUGGUACCUUAGUGACUAAUCCAAUGCGAGCCAUACAUGUUAGCAGGGGAAAAUAGAAAAUAAAAUGUGCAUCUUAUGCUGCUGAAAUGCUUAUCGACCUAAUAAAUACAAGUAAAUACAUCCUGUUCGUGAAC